CCUUUUGCUGCUCUUUCUCACUUCCUUCUCUCCUGAGCUGCAAAGAAACUGUUUCUGCUGCAGCCUCUCUGUCAGAAGAACUAUCUUUUAGGGCUCCAAAGAUGUCCAAGGGCAAGGAGUCCUAUGUGCCUUUCCUCCUCUCUCUUUGUAAUCUGGUCCUCCGCUCUGCAGGCACAAGCCCUGGGUUCGAGGGCAGGAUCACCAACAAAGGCCUGGACUAUGCCUGUCAGGAAGGUGUUGCUGUCUUGCAAGAAGAACUGGCCAAGAUCCAGCUGCCCGAUUUCUCUGGGUCCUUCAGAGUCAAAGCUCUCGGGAAAGUAGAUUACAGUUUCUACAGCUUGAAUAUUCGCAGUUUCCAGCUGCCAAGCUCAACCAUUGCGCCAAUCCCAGGCGUGGGCCUCAAGGUCUCCAUCAGCAACGCUUUCGCUGAAUUGACGGGCGACUGGAAGGUGAAGAAGCGCUGGCUCAAGGACCAUGGCUCCUUUGACCUCAAAGUGGAGGGCCUUGGCAUCUCUGUGGGCUUGAAGCUGGGCAGCGAUGCCACCGGGAGACUGACGGCCACCACUUCAGGCUGCGGUGCCCACAUUUCUGAUGUCCGUGUGCACAUUUCCGGACGGUUGAGUUGGCUGUACAAUCUUUUCCACAGAAAUAUCGAAUCAGCAUUCAGAAAGACCAUGGAAGGCAAGAUCUGUGAAGAGGUGAACAGUGCUGUCAGCUCCCAGCUGGAGCCUUUUCUGCAGACCUUACCAGUCACAGCACGAAUUGACAAGAUCUCUGGAAUCGAUUACUCUCUGCUUGAGCCUCCAGUUGCAACAAAUGAUUCGGUGGACCUGAAACUGAAGGGUGAAUUCUUUUCCAUGACCCAUCGCUCUCCUCCUCCUUUCCCACCGCCUGCCUUGGAUUUCCCCCUGGAUCAUGACCGCAUGGUGUAUUUUGGCCUCUCUACGUACUUCUUCAACACAGCUGGCGAUGUCUACUACAGGGCUGGAGCGAUGGACUUCACCAUCACCGAUGGCAUGAUUCCCAAGGAGUUCAAAAUCCGUCUGAACACUAGUUCCUUUGGAGCCUUCAUUCCACAGUUGGAAAAACUGUACCCCAACAUGCUAAUGGUCCUCAAGGUUUCCCCUUCCUCUGCCCCAGCGCUGACCAUUGCACCUGAAGCCCUGUCACUGAGUCCUGAGGUUGAUGUCCAGGCCUUUGCGGUUCUCCCCAACUCUACUCUGGCUCCUCUGUUUGUGAUUGGGGCGUCAACCACCGUUUCAGCCAAAGUUACUGUCAGCUCCACCAAAAUCUUUGGCUCCCUGAAAAUGGGAAGGUUGCAGCUGUCCUUGAAGCAUUCAGACGUUGGACCUUUCUCAGUACAAUUAAUGCAAACCCUCAUGAACUAUUACGCUGCAAGCAUCCUUCUCCCUCAGAUGAACGCACGCCUGGCCGAGGGGUUCCCCCUUCCUCUCCCGGACCACCUGCAGCUUUCCAGUAUUGUCCUCCAGCCUCACAAGGACUUCCUAUUCUUUGGAGCAGAUGUUCAGUAUAGCUAGCAUCAAAGAUGGAGAAGACUGAAAGAGAGAAUGGCCAAAUGAGAAAGAAUGAAGAAUGCCACUCUCCACUCCUUCUUUAGAGGCUUUUGAAAAGAAGGAAGGGACCUUUACCUGGUGAUUUGGGGUGCAUCUACACUGUAGAAAUAAUGCAGUUUAGCAUCUAUAUAAGUGCUGCAGCUCCAUCCUAUGGGUUCCUGGGAUUUGUAGUUUUAU